AUGAGUUACCUUCGCUGCUUUCGCCUUGGUGACGCCGGCCUGCUGCAUGACGAGCUCGAUGUCCUUGUCCUCGAGGCCUUCGGUGUCGACGUCUUCGUCGUUCUCGGCUUCCUCAGCCUCGUCCUCGAUCUUGGGGAGCUGCUCCUUUGGUGCAGCCUGAUCUUGCUUGAACUUGUUGACGGCCUCGGAUCGGGCUCGGGAGAGGAAAUCGUCGGUUUCGACUUCGCCAAAGACGAUGUAAGUGUCGGAGUUGGCGACCUAGAAGGAUUUCAUGAGAUCAUGUAA